AUGAUCUCAGUCGGGCUACAGCUCGUGGGCUUCAUCCUGGCGGGGCUUGGGUUGCUGGGCACCGUGAUCACCACGCUCCUGCCCAACUGGAAGAACAGCUCCUACAUCGGUGCCAGCAUUGUGACGGCGGUGGGCUUCACCAAGGGCCUGUGGAUGGAGUGUGCCAUCUACAGCACUGGCAUCACCCAGUGCGAUAUCUACAACUCUCUGUUGUCCCUGCCCUCCGACCUUCAGGCUUCUCAGGCUUUGAUGGUGACCUCCUGCGCCAUCUCUUCACUGGCCUGUAUUGUCUCCGUGAUGGGGAUGAAGUGCACCAUCUUCGCCCAGGGCUCCCCUGCCAAGGACAGGGUAGCAGUGACAGGGGGGGUGAUCUUCAUCCUGGGCGGUGUGCUGUGCUUCAUCCCCAUGGUGUGGAACACCCAUGUGGUGCUGCAGGAUUUCUACAACCCGCUCAUCCCGGACAGUGCCAAGUAUGAGAUGGGGGAGGCGAUGUACCUGGGCAUUGUCUCAGCCUUGCUUACCCUCCUUGGCGGCUGCAUACUCUCUGCGUCCUGCCCGCCCCGGGAGUCUGAGACAGCCUACCGGAGCGCCUAUCAAUCCAAAGCCCUGGCAAGCCCCCGGCCGUCCAUCAGCCAUACUCAAAAACCUAAGAGCGAAUUCAGUGCCUACAACCUGACGGGGUACGUGUAGGAGCCCCGAGGCCUG